GUGAGCUUCCUCAGACUCCUCCCCAACGUCCCGUUUCGAGUUUGGUCCCGGAAGCCAGAGACGGGCGGGGCCAGGUCGAUGAGGCCGGUGGUCCCGCUUCGGGAACAGGGCGGCGAGGAGGAUGAAGGGAGAUGCUUGGUGGUCCUUGGUGCUGGUGGCGGGGCUGUUCCCUGGGCUUUCAGGGCUAAGGCUUCUCCUCAGCGCCCCGCCACUUUUCAACUGUUCCCAGCCGGGUUUACGCUGCCUUGUGAGAAACAAUUACUGUGUGGAUGAGAGCUGGCUCCUUUCUUGGAAAUGGACUCCUUCAGCCCCAAGUUCUGUUGAUGUAUUUAUUGAUACAUUUUUGGCUGAAGAUGGGAAAUUGGUCCCUGUGCUGAAGAUAGAGUGGAAAGUGGCUACUGAUGCAAGCAUCAUAUACCUCAGAGGAGCGGAAUUGGCUGUAGUACAAUUAAGCAAUAACCGCCAGAUUUGUGCUCAAUUUGACUUUCGAAAUAACUUGACAUUCCAAGUCCGUCCAGACAAUGGAGGCCGGUGGAAUUUCUCUUUUAACCGUUUUGAGGUACAACCAGGCGAAAUAUACCAAGUAACUGUCUAUCAUUUGCCCAAAUUAAGUACUCCAGGGGACUAUAACAGGAGAUCAAAGCCAUUCACAGUACCAAAUUGCUCGCAUCCUAUCAUGAAAACAACAGAACCUUGUCUGCGAAUAGGGAGUUUGUGGGAACCCAGAAUCAAUGGAACAAGUCUAGAUGAUCAUUCUGUGUUGGUGAGCUUUGACCCUGCAGAGAUACCAGCCACCUAUUUUAUCCACGUAAUCAGUGUUCGGGAAGAUGAAAAGGAGUGCAAGAAGGCCACGGAAAACAUUUCAGAGAAGGGUCUGCAGCAGCGCCUUAAUGUAACAGUCAAGCUGGAAAGGAACUUGAAGAUUUGUUGCAAAUACAAAGUGGAGAUCCAGCCACUCUUUCCUGAUUGUGCUACAGACUGUAAGAGGGACUCAUUUUUAAUCCCAUGUUCUUCUGCUGAUGCCUUAAGUCUUACUGAUCAACCUGAAAUAAAUGAUACAUUUUCAGUGGGACUACCUUGGAUCCACACCAUCAUCUGCAUUUUGUUAAUUGGUUCAGCUAUUGGUUCCGCAAUCUGCCUUACUCGAAGACAAAAAGAAUUAAAUUCUGCAGCAAAAAACUGUGAUUUUGAACUCCAAGAUGUCACCCCUAUGUUACAACCUUCUCCACCCCUCAAGCCACGUACCGUUUGGAUUGUGUAUUCUGCUGAUCACAAACUCUAUGUAGACAUUGUGUUGAAAUUUGCUCAGUUCAUGAUCACCGUGUGUGGUACGGAGGUCAUCCUAGACCUGCUAGAUGAACACCAGAUAUCUGAGAUGGGAGCAGUGUGCUGGCUUACUCGGCAGAAACAGAAAAUGGAAGCGCUGUCUUCGAAGAUCAUCAUCUUGUGUUCCCGGGGUACUCGAGCCAAGUGGCAGGCUAUGCUUGGGCACAAGGAAUCCAGUGUACAUCUGAAGCAAGAUAAUCUGCUGCCAACAGGGGACUUGUUCACUCCAGCACUGAAUCUGAUUUUACCAGACUUUAAGCAGCCAGCUUGCUUUGGACUGUAUUUAAUUUGCUACUUUGAGGGCAUAAGCAAUGAGAGUGACAUUCCAGACCCUUUCCACGUCAUCUCCAAAUAUCAGCUGAUGGAUAAGUUUGAGGAAAUUUACUUCUUAAUCCAGGAUCUUGAAAAAUUUGAGCCAGGGCGAAUGCAUCAGAUUCCAGCCAUCUCACCUGAAAAGUACACUGAAAGCCCCUGUGGCAAACAGCUAAAGGAGGCUUUGCAGAAAUUCCAGACAUGGCAGGCUGAGCAUCCAGAUUGGUUUACAAGUGAAUGUGUCUGCAGUGAGGAUGAAGAUGAUCUACAACCUCUGAGUGGGGAACUCACUGAAGAAUUAAUAUCCCCUGGAAAAGGAAUUCUUAAGAAGCAACUGCUUCCAAAGGAACCUGACCCCAAUAACUGUUGCUUAGUCAAUCUUCUGGUUAAUGAAGAUGACUUGGGAGCAUAUAAAUUGACACCUCAGCAUCUGUCACAAGAAGAUCUAGCAUUCCACACUCUGGUCACUCCUGCUGAGAUACCUUCUGUUCAGGUGGUCAAGCCAGCUGCCCUUGCAGAAGAAAAUGAGAUACUCAGUCAUAAACUGUUGACCAAUGAAGAUUGGCUACAAAGCGUGCCCAUGAUAGAAGCUAGCGUCCCAAGAAGAAAUCAUGUCAUUCUUCAAGAGCAUUUAUCCUCAGAUCCCCAGGCCUUGCCAGCUGAUGUGAGGCAACAACUGGAGGGAUUGAUGUAUUCCCUCUAUCAACAAAGUGUCAUCCCCUCUGAUAUGCCCCUUUGCCAAGAAGGUGUUAAUGAGCAGCAACAGCUGUUGUUUGAUGAGGCUUCCAAAGUUCAGAGACAGUCGGUACAGUCCGAUCAGGGUUACAUCUCCAGAUGUUCUUCUUUCCCUUCUGAUAGCGCUGUUGAACCGGAGGAAGAAGAGAACCAAGAACAGGAAGGAUAUUGGUCUGCUGGGCAUCUUACUGCAGAUGUCUUAAGUAGUCUAAAAAGUCUUCAGCAGCAGUUGCUUUUCCAGGAUAUCCAGAAAAACUGUAGCUAAGGUCACUUGGGAGAGGGAAGGGGGAAUUGGUUCUCUUUUUGAAACAACUAGACAAUCCAUGACUGAUGGGAUCAUUCUUCUUUCAGUAUGUAAUAUAGACCUGCAUUGUUUCCCCUCCCCUUGUGACCUUUGAGAGCCCUGGUGAAGCUCCUCCCUCCUCUUUCUCAGCUGAUUCAUGAACCUGUCACUUUGCUAGAGGGAGGGAGAACAAAGAGAGGAAGGGGGCUCAAGGGCUCAACUAUCACUGGCACACCAGAGGCAGGCAUCCCAGUCUCUCCUUUGUCCUGUCCAAAUAUAAUAUAGCCUUGCACCUUUCCCUUCCGUUCACAAUUGUCAGAAGAACCCCUCCUCCUGCCCUCAUCUGACAUGUGGAACUGCCUGCCACUUUGUUGUGGAGAGGGAGAACUAUGGGAGUCAUGGACCACAAGGAAAACUGCACCCUCCUCAUUCUGCCAUAUCCCCAAGGGAUCCCUCUCUCCAGGGAGGAAGAAGGCUCACCUCAACCAACCUUAUUUUACCAGCAGGCAUCCAACUUACCCUCUCAUUCUUACCCUUACUAGCCACUGCCAUUAAGAGAUUUAAAAUUUUGACCAUGGUUUCAAAGCUGCCAGUGAUCACUUGUCUGUCAGGUCUUGCUACCAGCCAAUUGGGCGUAGGGGCCAGAGGGAGGCUGGAAAGAGGGUAAGUAUGUGCCCCUCCCAUCUUUCCUUGUGUCAUGCAACCCAUAGUUUCCUGAAAAGUACAGUCAGGAAAGUAUGGCAUUAAAACGUCAAAUUUCAAUCCCAGGGAAUCAUGGAUCCCAGAUUUUGGAUGCAUUCUGUAAAUUGGUCCAUUUAAAGUACGUUGAUUCAAAAAUUAUUGCUCUAUGAUGCACCAUUUUGCCCAAUUGAAGGCCACAAAGUAUCAAACAGUCACAAGAGUUUUACUGUAGUACUGUAUAUAAGUUAAUGGCUGUUUGUUGGAUUGUGCAACAUCUGAUCUAAGCUAAAUAGCAGUGUGCUAUAAUGAUAUAAAUUGCCUCUUAAGAAUACAGGCAUAGCCAUAGAAGAUCAGGAGAAUUUGCCAAAUAUUCUGAAAGUAGCAAGUAUUAAAAUAGAAAAAACUUUAGCUUUAGAUGACAUGAAAAAGACUGUCUAGCCCAGUACCAUUUUUUCCAUUGUGGCUGAUAGCAGAUUAUCUGUGAAUUUUGUAGUUUUGUAAGUCAAAUCAGCAAGAAUUGCCAGUCUCUUUUUAUAAGUAUUCAGUUUAGUAACUCUAGUCACAAUUUAUAGCAGUGAAUUUUGUCAGCCAGUUUUGCCCUAUACAAAGAAGUGUUUUCUAUCACCUCUGUCAUUUAAUUUCAUAGUAUUAUCUGCAUUUAUCUUAUUACUGUCAAGACGGAGUGGCUGUGAAGGCAGGGGACCUCAGGAUCUGGUUAUUUAUCAUCUUUAGUUCUGUAUGUGGUUAUACUACUCCAGACAGACAUGGUGCACAACCUGGAAGUUCUCCUAGAAUCGCAACUCAUGCUCGAACAGCAGGUGACAGACGUAUCUAGGAGAGCCUCUUGAGUUGUGCACCAGUUGCCCCUUUAUUUGGAUCCUGAGGCCACAGUCAGUCAUGCCCUAGUCAUCUCAGUUGGAUUACUGCAAUGCUCUCUACAUGGGGCUACCUUUGAGGAGUAUUUAGAAGCUACAACUGAUGCAGAAAGCAGCGACCUGGACAGUUCUGAGGGCCUUUAGGUGACAUGUAUAACACUGCUAUUUGCACAAGCUGUAUUCGUUACCAGUUUGCUUCCAGGUCCAGUUCAUGGUGUUGGUUAUUACCAAAGCCUUAUAUGGCAUGGAUCCAGCCCAGUGUGACUAGCCCAGCCCACUUGUGUCAGCGAAAGAGGCCUGCUACAGACUCCGUCUGCUAAGGAAUUUAAGCAGGUGGGCUAAAGAAGAGCUUUUUUCUACUGUGAUCCCAACCCUGUGGAAUACGGGUAGUCCUCAACUUACAACAAUUCGUUUAGUGACCGUUCAAAGUUACAACAACAACAAAAGUGAAAAAAGUGACAUGACCGUUUUUCACAGUUACGACGUUUGCAACAUCUCAAUGAUCAUGUGAUCAAAAUUCAAACACUUGGCAUCUGGUUCAUAUUUACGACAGUUGCAAAAUCAUGUGAUCCCCUUUUGCAACCCUCUGACAAGCAAAGUCAAUCAGGAAGCCAGAUUCACUUAACCGGGUUACUAACUAAUCAACUGCUGUGAUUCACUUAACAACCAUGGCAAGAAAGGUUGUAAAAUGGGGUAAAAUUCACUUAAAUGUCUCAUUUAACAACAUAAAUUUUGGGCUCAACUGUGGUUGUAAAUUGAUUACCUGUACUGUACCACUGAAGGUGAAAACUACUCCCAGCCUUUUGGCAUUCCAGAAGGGCAUUUAAAUUUGGUUUUACUAGUUGGCCUGGGGCCCCAACGGGGUUGUUUGACCUGGUAAGAAGACCUCAAUCCCAUGUCAUCCACCUCCUUGGUUCCAGUUUUUUUGCAGAGUUUUAAAUCUUUAAUUGCUUUUCUAUUUAUCUUUUUAUGUUCUAUAAACCACCCAGAGUCGCCCUACUCAGGGAGAUGGGUGGCAUAUAAAUUUAAUUUUAAAAAGUAAAAGUCAGAUAUAGGAAAUAGCUGCAAUUGUGCGGAUGCUGUGGCUUUCAAUUUUACCUUUUUGGAUUCUCCAUGGAAUGUUAUUUGCAGCAACAGAGACAGCAUUUCAUAGCAAAAGUCUGUUGCCUCUGAAACAAAUAAAAACAUGCAUGGUUCCCAAACUUGACAGUUGCCCUGACAAGUUAAAGCAAAUAGUUGUUAAAAGGGUGUAUGUAUGUGUGUGCGUGAGUGUACAAGUGCAUAGAUGAGAGAGGGAGUUGGAGGCUUCUCUGCCAGAAAUUAUUUAGUGUGCAGAAAACACAUCUAUCGCUUGAUUCAAAAUUUAGACUUGUUUUUAAAAUUAGCUUCAAGAAUCCAGAGAAACUCUUUGUUUUUGCAUAGGUUCUUCAGAUAUAGGUGGAUCUCAACUUGCAACACAAUUCUUUGCAAUUAAGAACACAAUAUGACCGUAUGACUAACUUUUUGUUGCUAUCACCAAGGGUUAAAUUGCAACCUAUGACCAUCAUUUGUGUUGUAAAUGUUGUAUCUUUGAUGAAGGUUUUUUUCCUUUUUCUUUUCUUUUAUGUACACUGAGAGCAUAUGCACCAAAACAAAUUCCUUGUGUGUCCAAUCACACUUGGCCAAUAAAUUCUAUUCUAUUCUAUUCUAAAAAUUGGGAUCAGAAUUUCCACUGCCAAGCAAGGCAAUUGUUAAGUGAGUCAUGCUCAAUUUUACAGCCUUUUUUUGCUUUUUUUGGUAAAGCAAAUCACUGCAGUUGUUAAGGGAAUCACAGCCAUCAUUAAGUGAAUACAGCUACCCCUGCCCCCAUUGACUUUGUUUGUUGAAUGCUGACUGGGAAGGUCGCAUGCAGGUGGCAAUCACAUGACUUGGGAUGCUGCAACCAUCGUAAAUACAUGCCAGUUGCCAAGUGCCCAAAUUUUGAUCAUGUGACUGUGGGGAUGCUGCAACAAUUUUAAGUGUGGGGCCCAGUGCUAUUGCAGUUUUGAACGGUCACUAAACGAAGGGUUGUAAAUUAAGGACUACCUAUACUGUUGAAUACUCUUACAUUGCAACUUUAACACCCAACUGCCUAUAUAGGAAUUGAAAAGGCUAUUAAAAGAUCCAAGUACAUGGGGUUAAUUCAGUUCAAACUCAGUUAAAUAGCAGCCGCUGUGGAGGAUUUGGGAAAAGUAAUUUCCCAACUUGAUUACCUUAUGCUCUUCAUACAUUGGGAAACCUGCUUUCUUGCUAAUUACAUCAAUAUAUUAAGGCAAAUGAGCAGGACUGUUGUGUUUUUCAACUAAUGACCUUCUAGCCUACUGGAAAUUAGUCUGCAGUAUCUUUCAAUGUUUAUCACUGAUGUUCAAGCUGGUUAUUUUAAUUUUACAUUCUGUCUUUUCCAGUGUAGCUUCUAUUAUACAAUUAAAUUGUGUACUAUAUUUUUCAGCGUUGCUGGCUUAAUUUAAAUUUGCAAAUAAAUGUAACCAUAUUUUUAGUCAUGCAUUAAUCAGAUUGUUUUGUUUUGCAUUUGCAUGUUUGCUACUGCUUGGAAAUGAGUAGUUACAGGAUGCUGAACAGAUGCUAAACCUGUUUCAUUUUUUACCUAAAUAUUUAAAGAGCAAGUGUCAGUUAGCUAAGUCAAAAAAACUAUGGCUAACUCAUAGUUGCUCAUAAGUCGACAUACCAUUGUGGCUGAAUUAUCUAUAUAUUAGAAAUAGGAAGAAUCAAUGGAAUGAUUAAUACUCCAAGUACUUUGCGUUUCAGAGAUACUGUAUAUCAAUGGACAGUUCACAAUAACAGAAUGUUAUUCUAAACAAAGUUUAGAAUAUUUUAUGUAACAAUUCUUUUCUUACAGUAGCCCUGAAAUGAUGGAAUACAAGAGUAUUCUUCAUUUUCUUUGUUAGGGCAGUAUUUCAUAACCAGUUUUACAUGGUUGUAGCUGUUAGCAAGUUUCAUAUCAAAUUUAAAUAGCUGUUAAAAGAUGCAAAAUUUAUCUUGAAACAUUAAACUUUGUUAUAUAUUUAAUGUAAUCUGCUCUGAUGAUCAUUGCCCAGAAACUACAGGUUGUCCUUGAUUUACAAUGGUUCAUUUAGUGACCAUUCAAAGCUACAAUAGCACUGACAAAAGUGACUUAUGACCGUUUUUCACAGUUACAACCUUUGCAGCAUCCCCAUGAUCAUGCGUUCAAAAUUUAGAAGCUUAGCAACUGGUUCAACUUUCUGCUGUUAUGUCCUAAGGUCAUGUGAUCCCCUUUUGUGACCUUCUGACAGGCAAAGUCAAUGGAGAAGCCAGGUUUGCUUAAUAACCUUAAUACUAACUUAACAACUGCAGUGACAGUUAUCUCACUUAACAAUUGGGCUCGGUUGUGGCCGUAAGUCGAGGACUACCUGUAAUUAUACAGUUAAAAUCUGAAAUAACCAGUGGAAUGUUAGAAAUACCAUGUGUAUCUGUUGCAACAGCUAAACUGGACUCCCUCUGAGUUUUCUAAAUGCAUCUAUCCUCAGUACCUUUCUAUCUUUUCUGUAGCUAUAUAAAAAGUUAAGAAUUUGAAGCUCUUUUGUGGCCUUCAAACUAAGAUCAUGAUUCAAGUGAAGCUUUAACCUCUACUCACUGCAGUGGAGAUUAGCACAAGCUCUAAUUAAGAUUUGUACCAUUACAAAAUGAUAAGACCUUGACUGGUAUGCAUCCAUUGCAGUGAAAAUGGCUAGGUCUACAUGUUAUCUUAAGCCACAAAGCAAACAUUUUAUCUUGUCAAGUUGUAGAGGUAAUGCACAAGAUUUCUCAUAGUCCAAAGUCAUCCUGGCAGGUGGAUAGUAAAGAAAUAUACAUAUGGAAAACUGCACACCAGCUACCUCCUCAAAUUUUGAAGAACUGAAAAUUCCCAAUGCAUGUUUUGAUAGGUAUCCAGGGCAUAAGAGAUGUUUUUAAAUCUGCCAGCGAAAAAGAAAACAAUAGAGCCAAUAAAUAUCCAGCCUAUUGCCAACUAUAAGUCAGCAUCUUGUCUCCAUGUUGUAUUGUAUUUGAUACAAGAUUUGGAAUUGCCUGAAUUCUGACGUUUUGCUAAUUUAAAAUUGGGAGGAUAAGUGAUACAUUUUUAUCAUACCUGAAUUGCAAAUAUUUAACCAGAUAUCAGCCAAAAUACGUUCUUUUUAUUUUAAGAACAAAAUCUUUAUUUUUAUUUUUAAUACUCUGUUAAGUGUAUGGGGAUGCUAAGUUUCCUGGGCUAUAUAACUGUUUUACUUUCUAUGGUAUUGUUGCUUGUAUAGCUGCCCUUGUCAUACACUGGAAGUUUGCUGCUUAAAACCCUUAAAAAGGGUAUGGGACAUAGCUUCCUACAGGUAACUCUAGUUCAAAUGUGAAUGCUAGCUUGCAGUCAGCUAUCAUUUCAAUAAUGCCUACUUAAACUUAAACAUAACAACUUGCAGUCAUUGUUAUUUCAGUUAAUAAGUGUGUAUCAUUGUAAAAGGUACAAUAUGGGCUGAGGUUUAAUACUUAUUUCCAGUGCUAUGAAAUAUGAAGUGAUUGAUGCUACAAAAGAUUAGCCCAACUGCUUCAAAAGGCAGCAGUUGCAUGAUGAUAUUGUGUUGUUUUCUAAUGAUAUUUGGGGGAGCAAAUAAAAUGUGGUAUUUCUUUAGUAGGCAACUAGCAUCCCCAUUUAAAAUAUCACAUAGUUCAGGAAAGGGCAGGGGAAAGAGUGCACAGUACUUAAGCUUCACAAUCACAAUCACAGCACCAAGAUUGUCCAGAC